GUGACAAUAUGGCCGCCGCCUGCUAGUUUUCACCACAUAUCAGAAGCGUUUAUAUAGGCUGCUUUUAAUCGAACCACCGGUUUAGUUUGGAAAAAAGGUUGCUUGUUAUUCUAGUACGACAUGGCUCAGUGUCUUCUGUCCGUACACGAAUUCAUUCAGGAUUCGUUUGUCCCCAAGAUAGCCGUGUUAUGUAGCGCUGAAGCGGACAGAGUCACUCGAAAGAACAACUUAAAUUUUGUAGAGCUGUUGAAGCCGUUCUGUCGAUUGACAUCGGAAGGUCACAUCCGGGAUCCAAACAACCAGCUCCAGACUGUGAAGAACUUACGGAUCUGUGUCAGCAAUGUGGUGACCAGUCCCAGUCCACCUGCUUCUGACGGAUCCUCCCAGAACCGUCUUCUCAGUGAAGUGGUGUUUUCCUGUCAGCCCCAGGAGGCUGCACAGGCCACUGCUUUGAGGACAGGAGACUAUCAUUUAAACUUAAAUGUUACAACACCCUGGUUUGAAGCCUACAGGGAAAACUUCCUGCAGUCUAUGCCUGCCUCUGACCAUGAGUUCCUGAAUCACUACCUGGCUUGCCUGCUGGUGGUGUCAUCCACUGAGGCUGUUCCAGUGGAGCAGUUCCUCAAGCUUUCCCAGGAGCAGCACAAGAUUCAGCACAGCGGAGAAUACACUAACCCAAAGUGGUUUAUUCCCAACACACUCAAGUAUUAUGUGUUACUGCAUGACAUGAACGAGGGAGAUGAACAAAGGGCUGAAAUGGUUUAUGAAGACAUGAAGCAAAGGUAUGGACCUCAGGGAUGUUAUCUGUUAAAGAUCAACUCUCGUGCCUCUUCACCUGACGAGGACGAACAGAUUCCAGACCCAUGGAGUCAAUACCUGCACAAGCAAAGUGUGUGGAACCAGGAGGUGUUGCAACUUUCUCCGGCUCCUCAUGUGGUUUCUGCUCAGGACAGUGUUGUUGCACCUGAGACUAAUUUAGGUGACUCAACGGAGAAAGGAGCUGGAAGAUCUGGCUGCUUGGAUACCCACCCCCUUCACCUGGACACAGACACCUGCACAGCCAGCCUCCUAACACUCAGCCCUGUCGACGCUGAUGGGAAGAAAAGCACAGGAGACACAGACAACCUGGCUGCAGCUCCAGGGAACCACGGCACCUGUCUCACCCUCAAUGACCAUGACCGCAUCAGACAGUUUAUCCAAGAAUUCACUUUCAGAGGCUUGCUGCCACAUAUAGAAAAAAACAUCAGACAACUAAAUGACCAGCUAGUUUCUAGGAAAGGACUGAGCCGGUCUUUGUUCACAGCCACCAAAAAGUUUUUUGGUGGAGGUAAAGUUCCAGAGAAGAGUGUUAAUGAACCAAAGAGCACUUAUGGCCUUCAAUACCCUCCUGAAGCUCCUGAGCUGCAGAUAAGAAAGAUGGCUGACCUCUGCUUUCUGGUUCAGCACUAUGAACUGGCCUAUAGUUGUUACCACACUGCCAAGAAGGAUUUUCUGUCAGACCAGGCUAUGUUGUACGCUGCAGGGGCUCUGGAAAUGGCUGCAGUGUCCGCCUUUCUGCAGGGCGGAGCCUCGAGACCAUAUCCAAGCCACUAUAUGGAUACAGCAAUCCAGACGUACAAAGAUGUUUGCAAAAGCAUGAUGCUGGCUGAACGCUGUGCAUUACUCAGCGCAGAGAUACUGAAAAGUCAAGCAAAAUAUUCUGAGGCUGCAACUCUUCUUAUUAAGAUGACCAGUGAGGACUCUGACCUUCGCAGCGCUCUGCUGUUGGAGCAAGCAGCCCAUUGCUUCAUUAACAUGCGUAACCCUAUGGUGCGCAAGUUUGCUUUCCACAUGAUCCUGGCUGGUCAUCGCUUCAGCAAAGCAGGACAGAGGAGGCACGCACUGCGCUGUUACAGUCAAGCCAAGCAGAUCUACAAGGACAGAGGCUGGUCUUUGGCAGAGGAUCAUAUCAACUUUACAAUUGGUCGUCAGUCCUUUACACUAGGGCAGCCUGAGAACGCUUUACAGGCCUUCAGACAGAUUCUGAUUAAUGAUAGCCGACAGACAGCCACACAGCAGGCUGCCUUUCUCAGAGAAUACCUCUAUGUUGUCAAGAGUGUUCUUGGAGAAAGUGAAAGCUGCCUUCCCCAGCUGCCGCUGCCUCAUAUCCAUAACUCUGCUACCAGAGUUUACUUUGGACAUGAACGGCGUCUUGCAGAAGGGGAGAAGCAGGCAGCUACUCAUGUUUCCUUGGAUCAGGAGUAUGACCAAGAUUUGUCAGUCCUAUGGUGCCAACUUGAGGAGCAGCUUGCAGCAUCUGCCAAUCGAGGGAUUCUUCCAAGUAACUUCCAACCUACUCAGUGCUGUCUGAACAAUCAGACGGACAACCUCCACCACCCACUGGCUGUGAUUGAGGAACCAAUAAUUGUGGAGGUCACAUUCAGAAAUCCUUUGAAGGUUUCUUUGCUUUUGUCCAACCUCUCUCUCCUAUGGAGGUUUUCUACUGGCACACCUUUCGGGGGAAAGGAAUCAACAAGUGACCAGAUAACUGACGAGAUGAACACUAAUGAAGACACCUCAGCAGGCAAGAAUGAAGAAAUUGUCACAACAGAGAUCAUCAAAGAGUUCUACCUGGGAUCAGAAGAGACCAAAACUGCCCGACUGAAGCUGCUGCCACACAAAACUGGUCAGCUGAACAUUGUAGGAGUGAUCUACAACUUGACUUCAUCUCUCUUUGGGGAAGCCUCUUCAGACAAUGAAGGUCAGCAGACUUUAGACUCCAUGAUGAUUCAUGGUAGACAGGACCUGAAGAUCCAGGGCCCACGGCUUAACCUGACAAAAGAAGACAAGAUGCAAGUUCGAUAUGGCACAGAUCGACGUUUGGAGCCCGUCAUAACCCCACCUAUGCCUCUAAUGGAGGUUUUCUUCCUCCAGUUUCCCACUGCCCUGCUGUGUGGUGAGAUUAGGAAAGCUUAUGUGGAGUUCUGUAAUGUCAGUGCAGUUGCUCUGUGUGGCCUUCGAGUGGCGUCCACGCACCCUGAUUUCUUCACGUUUGGCAGCCAGAGCACAGCACCUUUCACACUUCCCAGCUCCCGCUCAGCAGAGAACUACUCCGCCUUUGUGACGUUUCCUACCCCCCUUCAGCCAGGCUCCAUGUCCUCUGAGACGUUGGUUUCUGCUCCUGCAUGCAGUCAGCCCUCCGGGGUGACAGAGAUCCCAAUACAUGGCAGCACACUGCAACCAGGACAGUCAGUUCAGCUACCCCUCUGGCUCCGAGGACCAGACCAGGAAGGAGUCCACGAAAUCAACUUCCUGUUCUACUAUGAGAACACAGAGAAAGGACUCAAAAUCAGUCACCGGGUGUUGCGUCACACAGUGUUUAUAUGCGCCAGUCGGUCUCUGAGUGUCCAGGCCUCCGCCUGCCGCAGCAGUGCUUCCCCUCUAGAUGAUAAAGGCAGCGGGGGAACUCUUGUUUUUAUUGAUGUGGAGAACGUAAAUGCAAGUGAAAGUGGUGUUCGUGAGUUCGACAUUGUCCAGGUGUCUAGCAGUAGUCAGCACUGGCGCCUCCACAAGUAUAUCAAUCCAUGGAACAAUUAUGAUUGCAGACUCAGCAGUCAAGAAAGAGCUAAGCUUUGUUUUAAAGCCAUGAGAUGCAAAUCCCAUGAAGGCUCUGAUUCUGCAAAAGAAUACACAUUUGCAGACCUGAAUCUUGGAAAUGAACGGAUCAUGAGUUCCUCUCCACCAUGUGGAGACUUCUUCUUCCGCUGCCGUCAGAGCUCGGUGUUAGAACAAGUGAAUUCAACUCCCAGGAACAGCAGAAGUCAGGACUCUGGCCACACUGACAACACAGCUGACAUAACAAGUAUCGCCAAGAAGUGUAAUGAGCUAGACCUAAGCAUAAUCGUCAUCUGGAAGGCUUACGUUGUUGAGGACAAUAAACAGCUGGUCUUAGAAGGCCAGCUUCAUGUGGCCCUGCAGACAAUCGGCAAAGAGGCCAGUUCUCUGAUUCCCAAAGAGGUACAGCUACAAUCCUCCUGCUUGUCCACAGCUCAGUGGAAGCUACCAGACCUCAGACUACCAGAUGAAACUCAGGAGGUGAUGCUCCUCAGAUUUAAGUCGGAGUUGCCUCCUCCAGUCAUUCUGCCUUAUCCAGAGCUGUCCCAGCUCAUCAGAAUCAACCUCUGCUACCCUGAAACCUUUACUCAUCAUUUUGUCAAAGAAAGCCUUUGUUUAGUCCCAGUAACUCUGACUCUGUCCAACUGCUCCUUGGUUCAGAUAGAUGUCAUCAUUGACCUGCGUCAAAAAAGCAGCAGCUCCGAGUCUCUGGAGGUCCAUACUUCGUUUGCUUGGGUGGGUCAGACACAGUACAAGCUGCAGCUGGGGUGCCAGGAGAUGGUGCGCCUCACUCUGCAGGCCUGCUUCUUUCGUGCUGGUGUUUACAACCUGAACACUCCACUGGUUUUUGCUAAGCCAGCUGAACACACCACACUGUGUGAAUCAAGCCAGCAAACAACCACUCCUGCUCUCAUCAUCAUCAACAAUGCCUGUCCUCUCUUAUCCUGAGGGCACAGUGGGAUGCUACUGAAUCACCACAUGGACACAAAGGCACAGCGAAGGCACAGUUUUGACUCUUUGACAGAACUACCGGUGACUGAUGGUGAACGUAUGAAUCUUUGUUUCAUCAGUGGAUGUUUCACUGGUUGGCUUCCUUACACACACAAAGCCACCCUUUCCCUUCUUUACCCCAGACUCCUCAUCCUCUCUCACUGUGUUUUACCUGUUUGACCUGAGACAGGUAAAACAGAAAAGUGCAAAGAAAAACUUGCACUUUUCUUUGCUUGCUAACAUAAAUCCAGGUGGCUCAAAUAUAUUUUGAUUCAGACUCAAUAAUAAAAUUUCUGUUUUGAUCGGUCCUGUGAGGCCGAAGUGACUGCUGCUCCCACGACCUGUGGGCUGAUGGUGCCUGUCUGAACCUGGAGUUCAGACAUGUUCAGACAGGCACUCUGCUUAAUUCCUGAAGAGUGAGACUCAUUUUCUGGCUUUACGUUGGCAGUUUGUCCGAAUAGCCGUCCUGCUGCCAUUUGGGGAUCUUUGUUCGAAAAAGUGAUCACUUCCUUCCUUGAAUGUGCAUCAGACUUUUUUUCUCACAGUGCAGAUAGCCCCCCUAUAGACUUAGCAUCUCAUCUGGAAAUUAUUUAUUUCUAAUAGCAAAUUGGAUGUUAAAAUAAAGAUAAUGAUGGCAAAAGGCUCUUUUCUCUAGAAUAUAUGGAGUGUAAAAUUAUUUAUCAAAGGAAUAAUUGUUUACAAUUAGUAGCACUAAUUGUAAAGUAGCGCUUUUAUACCCACCAUGACAUUUUUUGUAGUGUUUAUGGGCCAUAUUUUCAAUCACUCUGGCAUAUAAUUAAUUCAUGAAUAAGUCUCAUUUCUCACAAAUAAAAAGAUCUGACACAAA